AUGGAACAAUCCUUGAGUGUCAAGCUGGUGGAGAAAGGAGAGAGAACUCCCAUUACGGAAGAGAACCGCACCUCUAAGAAAGUUAAAACAACAGGAGAAAUGAAUGAAGGCUCGGACAUGAUUGUAGAUGAGAAUGGAGAAAGCACUUCUAAGGACGGUGGUUGGAGUACCGUUCAGAAGGAACUCUUUCAAGAACCUGAACCGGAAAAUGUUAAUCACUGUGACAUGGAAGCAGACCCACACCACGAUGUUGAGUCCAUGAAGCAACCUCAAGAGUCAUUCAAGGAGAAGCUCCUCAAAUCCCAAGCGAGUAAAGUCAAAACUGCAGUUACGCCAUCUAAUGAGGUGAUGAUCGAGGAAGGGGACGUUUCGGUGGUAAUGGAUGGACUCAUUCCCUCCAUAACUUUUUCUCAACGAAUAAAAGAUCUACUGAUUCAAUGCAUGAAGUUGGCUGUGGUGAUCAAGGUCCUGGGUCGCUCCGUUCAUCAAGACAUACUGCAGUCCAAGAUUAUCACUCUUUGGAAUCCACAAGGAGACUUUAAGCUCACUGAACUGGAAGGGAAUUGUUAUAUGGUGAACUUUGAGAACGAAGCUGAUUAUCAAGUCACCCUACUGGGGGGCCCGUGGGUCAUCCAAGGUCAUUACUUGACAGUGCACCCAUGGGAACCUACUUUAUCACCGAGGAACUUGGAAAUAAAGCAAGAGUUUGGAUGGGUCAGAUUACCUGGGCUUCCUUACCAUUACUACCACAAGCACAUGCUUAGAGCUAUCGGGGAAGUGAUUGGAAGAGUUCUGCGUAUUGAUUACAAUACAGAAGAUGUUGCGAAAGCGAGGUUUGCGAGAUUGGCAGUCAAAAUAGAUUUAACAAAACCACUGGUAUCCAAGAUCAAACUAGACGGUAUUACGCAAUAUGUAGAGUACGAGGGUCUUCCAACCAUUUGUUACCAUUGUGGCCGCUAUGGACAUUUAGAUAUUGCAUGCCCAUUAAAAGAACGGGCUUCAAGUAACGUCAAUGAAGGUACAAGCUCACCGGAGGAACGCUCCGCAACGAAGACCGAUGAUCAUCCUACAAACGCAACUUGGAUGCGUGAGACUCAAUCAAGGGAAGACAAACUCUUUGGCAAGUGGAUGAAGGUCCCUUCAAGAGGACGGCGUCCUGCCAAAAGUAGCCAGCGAGGAACAGAGGGAAGUACUGCCGCCAAUGUAAGGGGAGGGAAUAGAUUUGACCUUCUUAACACCCACGAUGAUAGGGAUCAGGAACGAGGAGAAGACCCGAAGGGCAAGGCAAGCGAAGGAGUGGUAGCGUAUCCCUCUGACCAGAAGAAAGAAGCUGUGGUGAAGUCUAUGACUUCUAGGAAUAAGAAAACAGAGAAAAAGAUGAGCUCCAAGAAGACUGUUAACCAAGGCCAUGUCAGAGACUCCAUAUUUGAAUCCAGAGCCUAUCAAGAGGCACGAAUUCCUACAACGAUCAAUGAAGGGAACCACUCUGCUGUUGUACUCAAUGAACCACGCAUGCCCCUACAACCGAAUGAGGAGAUGUCCAAAUCCAACGCUAAAUCCAUGACACCACGGCCCAGGACCACGUCUACGGCUGGUGAAGAAAAUAGCCUCCCAAGACCCCCAGAAGGGAGCUCUUCCAAACUGGGCUUUAAGCUCCAGCCCAACAUCAAAAUAAAAAAUCUUAAGCCCAAAGCCAAAGACGACAUUGGAUCACCAUCUGAGGAACUUACUAAAGCACUGGCUGAAGCACUAGGUGCGACAAUUCCAUCAGAUGAAGAUAUGUCUUUUAUGGAAGCAGCAGAAACAGGCUUCGAGGAUGACUCUGCCUCAGAGCGUUCAGACCAGGAACGGUAA